AUGGCGCUGGACGGAUCCAGCAGUUAUGUUGCUCCGAGCAACCUAAUGGAGCCACUGAGCUCUUCCCUCCCCAUGUUUGACGUUGAACGGGUGCAAUUGGCAUUCUCCGUAGCGGCGGACUUCGUCGCAGCGCAAGUCGCGAAUAAUGUGCUUGUGUUAGCCUUAUCAACUAAUCGCAUUCUCCGCAUCGAUCUUGAUUCCCCUGAAGAUGUCGAAGACAUUGAUCUCCCCAAGAAAUCCUCUGAAGUUGGAGUGAUUCGGCGCAUGUUCCUCGAUCCGUCGGCAUCUCAUUUGAUUAUCACCACAACCCUCGGCGAAAAUUACUAUCUCCAUGCCCAGUCACCGUCGCGACAACCGAAACCCCUGACAAGAUUAAAAGGCGUAUCAAUUGAAAGUGUUGCUUGGAACCCCUCUUUACCCACCGCCUCUACUCGCGAGAUCCUCAUUGGUGCCACUGAUGGCAACGUCUACGAGACUUAUAUUGAACCCUCCAGCUACCGGCAGGAGAAGUAUACUACCCCGGUCUACCAGGUGCCAGGCGCCUCUCCGGUGGUUGGGAUCUCUGUGGAACCGGUGUCCUCUAAGCCUGAUCAAAGAAGGGUACUUGUGGCAACCUAUGGGAAGCUAUUGCAUUUCAUCGGCCGGACAGGAGUCUCAAGACAUGGGAGGGAAAGCGGCGUGUAUUCGGAGCUUUUCCAGCGUGAGAUGCCAGUGACCCACGAGAUUCCAAACUCGUCUAGCUCUGCGCCAUCUUCGCUGGCAAUUUCGCCCACAAUUUCAGAGAGCUAUCAGGCCGAAGGAUAUACCGAAAAACAGUUUGCGUGGCUCAGUUCCGAGGGGAUAUACCAUGGCCAACUUGCUUCGGAGUCUCCAUUCAGGACCGCAAAUAUGCUUGCGCGCUCAAUAUUUCCAGCUUCAGAAUCGCCGCGAGGAGGGCGCAAGUUGAUACAAGACCCGAUUUCUGCCAUGACUCUGUCACAGUGGCAUGUCCUAGCACUUGUUGGGGGCAGAGUGGUUGCAGUCAAUCGUCUCAGUCAGGAAGUUGUGCACGAUCAACCCGUGUUAGAAGCUGGGCAGAGCGCGCUGGGCCUCUUGACUGAUCUCACCAAAAAUACAUAUUGGCUCUUCACCAGCAAGGCCAUUUUUGAAGUUGUAGCAGGUGACGAGGACAGAGAUGUCUGGAAAAUCUUUUUGAAAGAGCAAAAGUUCGAUGAGGCUCUUCAGUAUGCCCGAGGCGCCGCCCAGCGAGAUGCUGUUAUGACUGCUUCGGGUGAUUUUCUGGCAGGCAAGGGUAACUUCCUCGAGGCAGCCAAAGUAUGGGGUAAGAGUAGCAAAGGGUUCGAGGAGGUCUGUCUAACUAUGAUUGAUCAUAAAGAGCACGAUGCUUUGCGGAACUACCUCCUCUCCCAGCUGGCAACAUACAAGAAGGCCUCACUUAUGCAAAGGGUGAUGGUCGCAAGCUGGCUUGUGGAACUGUUCAUGUCAAAGUUGAAUUCUCUCGAUGACAAUAUCGCCACCAAAGCUGAAUUGACAGAAGGCGCAAGCACUGGAGAAAUCAAGGAUCAGCUUGGCAGCAUUCGAGCUGAUUUCCAAGAGUUUGUGAACAGCCACAAAGCAGACUUGGACAAGAAAACAGUAUAUGAUAUUAUCAGCAGCCACGGGCGAGAGGAAGAAUUGUUGUUCUUCGCAACUGCUACGAACGAUUACAAUUAUGUUCUAUCGUACUGGAUCCAGCGCGAGAAAUGGCUGGAAGCCUUGAAGGUUUUACAGCGGCAAAGUGAAGCCGAUGUGUUCUACAAAUAUAGCAGUGUGCUGAUGACACACAAGCCGACAGACCUAGUUGAUAUUCUGAUGCGACAGACGAACCUUGAUCCUGAGAGACUGAUACCCGCGUUGUUGAAUUACAACAAAUCUGCCAGUGUCUCUUCUCUCAGCCAGAAUCAAGCCGUCCGCUAUCUGAACUUCAUCAUUGUCAACCACCCAAAUCCAUCUGCAGCAGUCCACAACACCCUUAUCUCAAUACAUGCUUCCAGUCCUUCAUCGUCUGAGGCUGGGCUGCUUACUUAUCUCCAAUCUCAACCAUCAUCCCCCCCUCCAUACGAUGCAGACUUUGCACUUCGCCUAUGUAUUCAAAAUCAACGAAUUCAGUCAUGCAUUCACAUCUACAGCACAAUGGGACAAUAUCUACAGGCUGUAGAGCUAGCGCUGGAGCACAAUGACAUAGAACUUGCCGCGAUCGUCGCAGACCGCCCGGAGGGCAACGACAAGCUCCGCAAAAAGCUAUGGCUCCUUGUCGCCGAGAAAAAGAUCCGCCAACCGGGCACGGGCAUCAAAGAUGCGAUUGAAUUCCUGCGCCGCUGCGAGCUGCUCCGCAUCGAAGACUUGAUCCCAUUCUUCCCGGAUUUCGUCGUCAUCGACGAUUUCAAGGAUGAGAUUUGUACUGCAUUGGAGGACUACUCGCGCCAUAUUGAUUCGCUCCGCCAGGAAAUGGAUAACUCAGCCCUGACAGCCCGCCAAAUCCGCGGUGAAAUCUCUGGUCUCGAUACUCGCUACGCCAUCGUUGAGCCAGGUGAGAGAUGCUGGAUCUGUUCGCUGCCCGUUCUCAGUCGUCAGUUCUUCGUCUUUCCCUGCCAGCAUGCUUUCCACAGUGACUGUCUGGGUAGGGAAGUCUUGGACGGCGCUGGUGGUAAGAAAAAGUAUAUUCGGGAUCUGCAGGCGCAGCUCAGCAGUGGCGAUAUCUCUGCCUCGCGACGCGAGGAUAUUGUCAAGGAAUUGGAUGGGCUAGUCGCCGAAGCUUGUAUCCUCUGCGGUGACCACGCCAUCAAACAAAUUGACAAACCGUUCAUUACAAGCUCGGAAUCAGCCGAGGAUUGGGCGCUAUGA